CUUCUUAUCAGUGUUAUAUAAAAAUGGCGUCACUAACAAGAUUACGACCUAAUAUUUUACGAAAGUUAAUAUCACCUAAAUUAAAUACACUGCGGUUAAUAUCUACAUCAAAGAAAUCACAAGAUACAGCUGUAGUUACUGAAAAAUGUGAAGUUGAUGACAGUAAAACAGUGACUAAAAAUAAAAAUUGGGUUAGUUAUGGAUUCGAUUACAAAAAUCAAGAAGAGGAUGAAAAUGUAACUCAUGCUACGUUUUUCUUCUCAGUUACAUGCUGUUUAAUAAUUGGUGGUUUUGUAUGGGCAUACAUGCCUGAUAUGCAAAUGCGUGAUUGGGCACAACGCCAAGCAUAUUUGGAAAUUCGGCGUCGUGAAAAACUAGGUUUACCCCAUGUUGAUCCAAAUUUAGUAGAUCCAAGUACCAUACAAUUGCCAUCUGAUGAAGAACUUGGUGAUACUGAAAUUAUUAUUUAAAUUAAAAUUUCUAUUUAAAAAAUAGUGAUUAAAAUAUUGUUAUA